CUUUGGUCUCAUUCCCUCGAUCGAUGUCUCGCGUCACCAAACGCUCUUCUUUUCCUGGCUGCUAUCCAGUCAUGCUUGCUUGCUAGGGUUUAACUCCUUCAAUCCGCCGGGCAGAAUCUAAUCCGUUCUUCGAUCUCAAGAUGAUCGCCUCGGCCAAUUCACUGCUGCCGCCGCCGACGUCGUUUCUCCCCUCGGUCGGCAAUUCCCCGAAUUUCUCCCGUGCUACGAGGAGAUUCCUUCGGAUUAAGGCUGCUUCCGCCAGCUCCGAUGAGAACCGUUCGCCGUCAGCGAAGGGGAAGAGCCCUCUGGCGGCCGUCCUGGAGGUGCCGAAGACGCUGUGGCGGCAGACGAUGCAGCCGCUCGGCGACUUCGGGUUCGGGUGGAGGAGUGUGUGGGAGGGCGGGGUCGGGCUGUUCAUCGUCUCCGGGGCGGCGCUCUUCGCCCUCGCUAUGGUCUGGCUACGGGGGAUCCAGCUGCGGUCGCGGUUCAGGAAGUAUCAGGUGGUGUUCGAGUUCUCGCAGGCGUGCGGGAUCUGCGUGGGCACCCCCGUCCGGAUCCGUGGGGUGAACGUAGGCAACGUGGUGCGGGUCGAUUCCACCUUGAGGAGCAUCGACGCGAUUGCCGAGGUUGAUGAUGACAAAAUUAUUGUACCUCGAAAUUCAUUGGUUGAAGUGAAUCAGUCUGGCCUUCUUAUGGAGACCUUGAUUGAUAUUACGCCAAGGGAUCCGCUGCCUGAACCUUCUGCAGGUCCUCUUGAUCCUGAUUGUGCCGAACAAGGCCUAAUUGUGUGCGACAAAGAGAAGAUCAGAGGACAGCAGGGGGUAAGCUUGGAUGCAUUGGUAGGUGUGUUCACCCGUCUUGGACAAGAAAUGGAUGAAAUUGGUAUUUCGAGAAGCUAUAGAUUGGCUGAAAAAGUUGCAUCUGUUGUAGAAGAGGCACAGCCACUUCUAGCAAAGGUUGAAGGCUUGGCUGAAAGUAUUCAACCUUUGCUUGCUGAAGUACGUGAUAGCACUCUGCUGCAGGAUGUGGAAAGUUUAACCAAAAGUCUAGCCGAGGCAACUGAUGGUUUAAGGAAGGUUCAGUCUGCCAUCCUAACUCCUGAGAAUGUUGACCUAAUUAGGCAAUCUGUUUACACCCUCAUAUUUACCUUAAAGAAUAUUGAGAGUAUUAGCUCAGACAUCUCGGGCUUCACGGGCGAUGAGACUACAAGGAGAAAUUUGAAGUUGUUAAUCAAGUCUCUCAGCCGGCUUUUAUGAUCAUUGCAGAAACCAGGUUUUUCCUCGGCUCUAUCUUAUGGAAUUUUCAACAAUGAAUAUGUUUGAGGAAGGCGGAAAUGAGUACGUAAAACAGUAUCUCAAAUCUGUCUCGACGUUCAGUAUCUCAUAUCUGUCAUUCAGAGAGAUGCAUCAGAUACUACAAUCAAAAUUUUUUUUUUUUUUCAAAGAAUGAAGUUUUGUCGGAUGAUGAGUCAUCGUCCAGCUUCCCCCAUCUAGUUACCUUUCUUUUAUCAUGUCAUUUAGUCAAAUUGUUGAACUAUUGAUUUCAUACUCUGCUUUGGAAAUCCAGAUUUUUAGAUGUAUUU